GACAUGGCUGCAGAAGACAUCCACGUGCGAUUGUGUUUACAGGAAAUCGUUAGGUUAGACCUUGAAGUUAAGGCACUGAUUCAGGACAUCAGGGAAUGUGCUGAUACGAAAGAGGUGCUUGAAGACAUAAAUGUUGAGGCCAGAGGAAAAGUUAACAAACUUCGAAAAAAGAUUGAGGAGUUGGAAACACUAGGCUUUGAGCAAGACAAGGAGGAAGAUAGACAAAUCAUUCACAAGGAUGUUGAGAAUCAAAAGCAGCGACUUGCCAGGUACUUAUCAGAAAAACAAAAUGGCUGA